GUAGCAUUGAGCUUAAUUAAUUGAUUGAUUAAUUAAUUACUUGGUAUAAUUAAGGCAAUGGGCGUGGCCGGGAGCCCCCACCAGUGGGCGUUCAUUCGCAAGGUGUACGCCCUUCUCACCCUCCAACUCCUCAUUACCACCGUAGUUUCCAGCCUCGUCGUCGCCUUCAUCCCCAUUAAACAUUUCUAUGCAUCUAACAAAGCUGCUACAAUUGUUGUCUGCGUUUUUAUUGCCAUCACUCUGAUCAUUGUGGAGAUAGCUUUGCUGAUCUGUAGUGAGAAACAUCCUUGGAACUACCUACUUCUCCAAUUGUUUACACUUGUAUUUUCUCUAGUCGUGGGAUUUGCUUGUGUAUUUGUGCAUUGGAAAGUAGCGUUGGAAUGUGCAAUCCUAACCGCAGCUGUGACGAUCUUUCUUACUUUGUAUACAUUUUGGGCAACUUUGAGGAAACAUGCCGAUUUCUCAUUUCUUCAGCCAUUCUUAUCCUCUCUUCUAGUGAUCGCACUAUUGUGUACCAUUAUUCAGAUAUUUUGGCCUCUAGGGAAGAUCGGACACGCGCUUUUUGGGGCUGUUUUGGUGAUUUUAUAUAGCGGCUAUAUCAUAUAUGAUACUUAUAGCAUCAUCGAUAAGUUUGAUUAUGAUGAUUACAUGCUGGGGGUGGUUUGUCUAUACAUAGAUAUCGUCGGACUCUUCCUUAGUUUAUUGGAUUUGGAUAGUUGAUUAACGUUGAAGUCGUUGUGUAUUUGUGUCUCAUACUCUUUCCCGUUUUUGUCCCUCCGCACACAUUAAUAUGAUUUUCAAGUAUAAUCUUCAUACACGCAUUUCCCUUACUUUGUAGGAUUUGGGGAGAAUAUAAAUUUCGGUUCCAUUCGGUUUAUCGAAUAAAAACCACAUUAUGUUUCAAUU